AUGCCCCGAGGCUUCGACCAACCCACGUCAAGUUCUGCGUCCCGAGCUACCAAUGCGGGACUACGCGAGCAGAGCAAUCAACCAUCAAACAUAAGAACUAGACAGGGUCGGUUCGAAGCUCCUGCUACGAUACCGGGAGCCGGAGAGGCGAAGCAACCAUACCCGACCACAUCCAGACGCAAGUCUAGUAGUCCCUCAGCUUUGCCCCUCCCACAAGUAUCGAGCGAACCUCAACCGCCUCCUUCCGGACGCAAAUCGCCUGCCUAUUUGCAAGGCAGGAACCCAUAUGGCCGAGUCUUGGACAAGGUUCAGCAUCCGUACCGGGAGCCCGAGGCAGUGACAACAGCACCUGUACCGCCUUCCCAAACUGGCUCCAAUAUCGGUUCACGGCCACCUGCGGUGGGCGUCACAGACUCCAAACAACAAUCUCUGGCCCAAGAGCCGGGUCGACGCGGCACCCAGACAACAUACCCGCCAUCAAGACAGCCACAGGUCCCCAAGUCAGUUCGCUCUGCCAAAGACUUCUUCGAGACGGAAGCCUUUCAACGUCCGUCAGCGUCCCGUCCCCCACCUUCAGUUCCUGGUACCAGUGCCGCGAAGGCGCUCGCACCGCAGACCUACCCCUCUAGUUCCUCUCUCGAAUCUCCUGCCCAUGCUCCCAACCCGAAGUUGUCUUCUACUGCUGACGAGCAAGCCCUCGAUACUGGGCUGCUGUUGUCUUCCCUCACGGAAUUUUACGAUACUCGCGAAUCUGUGCAGUCUGUGAUCUCCUACAAACAAGGCGAAGCCGACGAGUGUGCUCCCAUCAUCACGACACAGAAAGCAACGCCCCCGGCUGUACCAUCUGAUCAGGGAGAGGAGCAGUACUUUUCCGACAUAGAGCGAGAAUCCAUUGGUCGGCGAAAGUCUACCAACAUCUUUGCAGGUAAAUCCGACGGUGCAAGGCUUCCAAGUCUCGGUCAACAGGCUGGACAGGACAGCUUUGCGAGCGAUGACAUCUCCAAGGCGCCGCUUCCUGACACUGGCGGGGCCAACCCAAUCGAUCACAAAGAUCCUUCUGACGAGAUUGUGAGGCGUCUCGCUACCCGCAGUUCAAUACCAGCUGCUGAGACCAGGCAAGCCAGCAAUCCGAACCCUCCGUCGCAACAGGAAGGUAGACGUGCGAAGUCUGGUCGCGAUCUUCGAAGGACUUUCGAGGAAGACAACGGGAUUUCUCCCAAACGGCUCAGGCGCAGUGGAUCACACACUGCUUCUUUGACAGAGAGUGGUACUUCAGCAAAGGAACCCGUCGAUCGUGUCGCGGAGUGGACCCAGAGUACGGAUGUUGGAAAUCCUCGCAACCAGUCUGGGAAGUCCAUUGGUGUGCGUAGACGAGCUGAGGAGAUCGUGGCAAGGAAUCUCGGCCACGACGGUGCAAGCGACAUGAGUGUCUCCCGACAAAGCUGUAUCUCAGGCUCGAUACCAACUGCCAACAUCGGUGUCGAGGAGCAGUAUGGCGAGACCAAAGUGCCGGACGAUGUCGACAACCGCCAAGGGUACGGACGUCGCGUCACACAAGAUUUUGGCUUCCCAGGCGCACGGAUCAAGUCGUAUGGCAUCAACAAGACAAGUCGACCGUUACGAGACCCUGGCAACUGGACUAAGCGAGCGUGCGGACACUUCUCAUACAUGGGCAAAACCGAGCACCGCGAGCAUGCACAAGAGAAAAUAUGUCGGCAAUGCCAAGUCAAGCCGAACCUUAACGAUCCUGAAUCGAGCCUGCGUGAAGAGGUGCAGUCAAUACCCGACCUGGUCGAUCUUGUCAAAUCUGCAGCCGACGAUCUCGGCUUCGAUCUUGACCGAAGGCCCACCGCGACCGACGAUGACGAGUUCCACAACGCCCCUUACGAGGCCACACCCAUGGAUUCUGUCUCACGUCACACAGAUGUCUCCUUCGGGACGAUAGAAAACAGGGCGACGGAGGACGAGCCGCUUACUGAGGACAGCUGGCUACAGCAAACACGUAGACACUUGACCGAACUCUCAGAGGCCCGAGAGCAGCUUAUGGACGAAUUGGAUUCCAUCGCUGGAGAUCUCGACGUGAAAUUUCGAGACCAACCCGAGGUUGAGUCGGUGACUGAUUCGGAUGCACCACAUGCACACCGUGUACUCAGCAAAGCUCCCACGGGUCUCUCGCGUACAUCCACAUUACAGAGAGACGCUCUUAUCGACUCAGUACAGCGUAUGCUCAGCAAAGCGCCUACUGGCAUCUCGCGCAGCUCUACAUGGCAUGAGCAGACUCAGGGAGAAGAGGCUGCGGACGACCUCGAUUUCAGUAAAGCGCCUACUGGCAUCUCACGCAGCUCUACGUGGCAUGAGCAGAGCCAGGGAGAGGUUGCUGACGACCUCGAUUUCAACCCGGCACAGCGCAGAUCAAGCAAAAAUCCUACCGGUCUCUCACGCACGUCUACUUCGCAGAAAGAUGCUAUGAUUGACUCGGUACAACGUGUGCAACGUGUGCUCAGUAAGAUCCCCACCGGUCUCUCACGCAGCGCUACACGGCAUGGAGAAGAUGACGGAAACGAGGAAGAGAAAGAAGCAGUCGAUAAUCGCAGUCUCGGACUUGUGCAGCGUGUACUGAGCCCAACCCCUGCAGACUUCUCGCGCACGUCUACUUCGCAAGCAGAUGCCAUUGUUGACUCGGUGCAGCGCGUGCAACGCGUGCUCAGCAAGAUUCCUACCGGCCUCUCACGCAGCUCUACAUGGCAUGCAGAAAACGAGGAGGCCGUCGAAGACCCCGACAUCGAGCCAGUGCAGCGUGUAUUGAGCAUAUCUCCUCCCGGUAUCUUGCAGGCCUCUACGUGGAUCAGGGACGCUUCUGUCGACGCAACGCGACGUGUACUCAGCAAGCCUCUUACUGGUCUCCUGCGCAAUACUACUUGGCAUGGUAUAGGGGACGAUCCAGCAGACAGUUCCUUCGUCGAGCCCGUACAACGUGUACUCAGCAAGGCUCUUACUGGUCUCUCGCGCAACUCUACAUGGCAAAAGGAUGAUGAUGCACCGGUAGACGAAGCCGUUGUUGAAAGUGUAGAGCGUGGACUCAGCAAGGCUCCUACCAGCCAGGAGGAUACGUCUACUGACAUCGAUACUACUCAGACUGGUCAGCACGACGACGAAGACGAGCCGUUCGGCGAGCUUACGCAGCCUGCGCUCGAAAAGACCAACAGUGGCCUCUCGCGAGCAUCUACGUGGCACGGUAGCAGACCUGUCGACUAUGAAGAGCCCGGAGCUGACGUUACGGGUCUGCAUGAUGAUGAUCUGGUGGCCAAGAUAGUGCAAAGUGUUCUCAGCAAGGUGCCCUCUGGCUUCUCACGCGCAUCCACAUGGCAGAGCAACAAGACUGUCGACAUCGAAGACCUCGGGGCUGACGUUUCGGAUCACCAGGAGGACGAUCUGGUCACCGCAAUGGUGCAGCGUGUUCUCAGUAAAGCGUCCACUGGCAUCUCGAGCAGGCCAACCUGGCCCAGUUCCAACGCCGCCAACACCGUCGAAGACGAAGUUCAAAGCGUUGUCGAUAAGAGUGUCGACGAGCUUCGGCUCAGUCGCGCACUCACUCGGAUCCUCAGUCAACCGAAAGAGCCUCCAUCUGCUGGUCAAGAGCCAUACAAGGCUGAAGACGUUUCGCCUGAAGAGAUCUAG